AUGGUUAGGAGUGUACCAAUUGGCGAGAAGCUCUUCAUAGGAGGAGACCUCAAUGGCCACAUAGGUACAUCUAACACAGGUUUUGAAGGGGCGCAUGAGGGCUUUGGCUAUGGCAUCAGGAACCAAGAAGGAGAAGAUGUCUUAAGCUUUGCUCUAGCCUACGACAUGAUUGUAGCUAACACCCUCUAUAGAAAGAGAGAAUCACAUCUGGUGACUUUUAGUAGUGGCCAACACUCUAGCCAGAUUGAUCUCAUCCUCUCUAGAAGAGAAGAUAGGCGUGCGUGCCUAGACUGUAAGGUGAUACCUGGAGAGAGUGUUGUACCUCAGCAUAAGCUGGUGGUUGCUGAGUUCCGCUUUCGGAUUCGUGUCCAGCGGGAUAAGCAUGCCAAAGUAGUUAGAACGAAGUGGUGGAAGCUCAAGGGGGAGGUAGCUCAGGCAUUCAAGGAGAGGAUCAUUAAGGAGGGCCCUUGGGAGGAAGGAGGGGAUGCGGACAAUGUGUGGAUGAAGAUGGAGACUUGCAUUCGUAAGGUGGCCCCGGAGGAGUUUGGAGUAUCCAGGGGAAGGAGAAGCGGAGAUAAGAAUACCUGGUGGUGGAAUGAUGAUGUCCAGAAGGCGAUUAAAGAGAAGAAAGAUUGCUUCAGACGCCUAUACCUGGAUAGGAGUGCAGACAACAUAGAGAAUUACAAGAUGGAGAAGAAGGCCGCAAAGCGAGCUGUCAGUGAAGCAAGGGGUCGGGCAUAUGGGGACCUAUACCAACGGUGGACCAUGGAAGCCAUUUUCUUGGUACGACAACUUAUGGAGAGAUACAGGGAGCAAAAGGACUUGCAUAUGGUGUUCAUUGACUUGGAGAAGGCCUAG